GGUAGGUAGUGUUGAAGUAUGCAACACCGUCUCAACAAGUUCUGUGACAAUCGAUAAAGCAGACAGUGGAGAUGUAUGAGCUCGGCCAGAAUGCAUGGAAAACAGAGUUCGCCAUAGGGCUGAUUUAGAUGUUAGAAGAGACGAAAAAAAGAUUUCUUUGGUGGUGCGUGAGCAGACUUGGCGUUGCAACUGCGCCAAAGACGAUACCGUAUUAAUAUGGCAAUCAUCCGCGUGAGCAUUUGUCGUUCAUGCACUGUAUUACAGGCCUUCUCCGCAUCUGAAUCUAGAACACUCUGUGCCACGACUUUGCAUUCAAUUGACAGAUUUGUGUCUGAAUAUCACGAAUAUUCUGUCUGGUUUGAGAGCAAGGCCCCACGUGGUAUAAUCGCCGAUGUCUGAGA